UAAGACAGACAAGGUGGCAGGUAGGUGCAAACAAUAUGAUAGACGACGAGGCUGACUAGUAUAAUUGAUUCUCGUGCUGGGUAGAGCCUUACCACCUUCCUUCAGCACCGUCGCUCGAUCGCGUGUUUGCGUGCUCUGUUCCAUUCGCGAUUCUUCCUCGCCUUAUCGUGUCUGUUUGUCAAGAUGAGUUUGAAUAUUUUCGGCGGGAAGAAAAGUGACAAGAGUGAGGGGAGUGGAGAAGGAGGAGGAAAAAGAGGAGGAGGAAGUCCUUCGGUUGGGGAAUACAUCUCCAAAAUAGACGAGUUCCUGAAUGAGGUCGAGGGCAGGUCAUUCAGUAUGUUUAAGCGGAGAGACGACAGUCUGGGCGAUAUGCUUGCGUGGGCGAGAUAUGCGUAUCGAGAGAGGUCGAAGAUGGAGAAUCAUAUUAACAUGCAGGCGAAGUCGCUUCAUCGAGCGAGUGGCAAGAUCGAGGAUCAGUACCAGCGGAUGGAGAAUAUGCAAGCGGAGAUCAACGAUCUGGAGUUCAAGAGAGGGAGAUUGGUACGGGAAAGAGAUGAAUUGGUGAACGAGCACAAUCGAGAGCUCACGCAUAUUGCGGAACUUCGAUCAAUGGAGGUGGAUAAAGAAGGGGAGAAACACAGAGAGCAAGUCACCAACAUAAGAAAAGAUCAUCAGAAAGAAAAAGACAAGCUAGUAGCUCAACUACUUGUCAGUCAAAGAGACGACCAAGGCUGGCCAGACGACAAGAUGGGAAUCAAAUUCAGAGAAUUGCAAAGGCUGAUGGAAUCAGUAACCGCACCACGAAAUAGAGAAUUCCUCAUUCCAGCUGGCCAGAAACUACCUUCACACCUGGACAAGACCGGAUUCCUCACCAGAGCCGGAAACGCCAAAUCCCAUUUCUGGCUCAAGAGCACACUAUGGUCCAUCAUCGCAGAACAAUUCUUCUCUGCCCCCUUCGGAUUCGGAGUUCUCGGCCCAGGAAAAUCACAGAAACAUCUCUUCGAAAUGUACGCAGCAUGGCGGAAACUAUUUGACGCAAAUGCUGUCGCUGCAUCUCCAGACCGCGAAGACUACGCAGUCUUCCGACAAGACGUCCUGGCCAACAACUGGCGCUCAACAACCUUCCAAUACAUCAACGUAGCCCUCACGACCCCCGAACAAAGCCACAGUCCCAUCGCGCAACUCAACACCGAGAACUUCAACGACACCGUAUCCCGCAUUACUCGGGUACUCUCCGAAGUCGCGAAUCUAUCUCACGCUGAAAUUCGCCCGGAGAUCCAAGAUCAGAUCCGGCAGAUGGUAGCAUUGGGACGAGAUAUUGCGCUGCAGUUUGGCAUCCAGCCGGCGCAGAUGCAGCUCGUGGUCCCGAAGUAUGGGGAGAAGAUUAAGAUUGGGGAGAAGUUUCAUGAUUGUGAGGAUGGGGAUAGUUUUAAGGGGAAGACGCAGAGUGUGGAUAUUGUUACGGCGCCGGGGCUGGAGAAGCUGGGUGAUGGGAGGUCGGACUUGAGUGCUCAGAGGGCGAUGGUGCCGUGUGAGAUUUAUCCUAUUGAGGAGGAUUGAAUUGAAUGGAGAUGUGAGAAGAAAGACAUGAACUGGAUUCUGAACUGUUUAUGGCAUGAUUUUGGGAGGAAGCUACGAUCAGAGAUUCUGUAUAUACCGCCAGCUUUCAAGAAUGAUA